ACAGUCGACCAGGUGGUUGUUGUGAUUCGUUCGUGCGCCAAAAGUUGAUAAAAAAAUGGAUGAUUCAUAAAAUUGCGGAUGGCUGUUUUCCCCAGUGUCGCGUUUUAAGUUUGCAUUUUCGUUCGCAUUUUCCCACCAGUGCACCAUUCAUUACUUGUUACCACUUCCGCCGAUUAGCUGCUGCCCAUUCAUCCUUCAGCACACGCACUUUCAUCUCUUCUCUUUGUGUGCCGCAGUCUCCGAACAUAUUUUCGAUCUGCAGCAAAAAUGUUUGGCAAAAAGAAGGACACCAUCGAUGGAAGACGCAUUUCUCCGGGAUCGAGUCGUUCGCCCGAGAAUGGCUCUAGCAGUGGACCAGCGUAUAUCAUCGAGCGAUACGCGGCGUACUAUCCCAUGAACCACAAGCGUCGCGGAAUGGCACUGAUCUUUUCUCAUUACAACUUUGCCGUUCCGCACAUACAUUUCCCACCGCGCGAAGGUAACAGAGUAGACUGUGACCAACUGUCUGAGAUGUUGGAAAAGUUUGGAUUCGAUGUGCACAUUUACCACGAUUAUAAGCUGGCGGAAAUUAAGGAUGUCACUUCGAAGGUUGCUCAGCUGGAUCACAGCGAUAAUGACUGUCUGCUGGUGGCCGUACUUACACACGGCGAAAAAGGGGACUAUCUGUUCGCCUACGAUUGUGUCUACGAGUUUUCCACCAUCUGGAGCCAGUUUACUGCUGAUCAUUGUAGGACGUUAGCCGGGAGGCCUAAAAUUUUCCUUAUUCAGGCGUGCCGCGGAGAUGAACUUCAAAGUGGUGUGAAAAUCCAGCGAGAUGGCAUUGCCCGUUAUUCCAUACCGACCCAUGCCGACUUCUUGUUCGCGUAUGCAACAAUUCAGGGCUAUAUGGCGUUUCGGAACACGACCCACGGUUCGUGGUUCAUUAACGAGCUGUGCAAGGAGAUGCGGGAGAACGGACACAAAUACGAUUUCCUCACGCUGCUCACGUUCGUCUCGCAAAAGGUGGCCUUCGAGCAUGAAUCAGUAUCGAACGAUCCUCGGUUCAACAUGCGUAAGCAGAUGCCGUGCAUCGUGUCGAUGUUGACCCGUGUGCUGCUGUUCAACUCCGUUUAGGCGAUCUUCGGGGGUGAGCUAUUGCUAAUCACACACUGCGAUUCAAUUAGUCAUGGCAUACUACGCUACGAAGUAGUAGAAGUUGAUAUCGACGUUAUCAUACGAAACCACUAUUUUUACCAUGAUCUACCAUUACGUACUACCUCAUUGCGAGCGUAUUACGUUAGUUUUGCGCUGCUCAAACGCACAUUCAUGUCGUGCUUUUUUUCGUUGUAAUUUAUGUUACAGUAGCAAUUGUGUGUUUUAAGUACUCAGUUUUUUAUAUGUUAGGUUAUUCGGAACAUAAUGUUUACCCUUGUGCUGCAGUCGUACAUCUGGCCAUUCUGAGCAAAAAUAACCAGUGACAAACACACCUUGCGGCAAAGAAGAUAGUAAAUUAUGUUAGAUAACUUUGAAUUUUAAUCCAUGAUAAUCAAUAGUGAAACAGCGUCACUGUUCUCCCAGUUCUGAACAUGAAUCUUUUAUACAACUUUUUGUACAUUGACUCGUUCACACUAGUCGAUAUAGCAGCUAAAUGCGCUUCUGCAUUUUUUAUUUAAACGAUUACCAUGAACCGUAGGCCCUUUUUAACUGUAGAAGUGAGAAAUUCUAAUCAUUAAGUCUAAGUUUCAGUACUAGAAGGAUAUUUAUUUAAGUUGCCAAAUUUAAUACUAUGUCCGGACUAACGGUCUUGAAAAUUCCUUUUCUACAUUCAGGUCUUGAUGAUCAAAUCUAUUUUAAACAUUCUAUUUAUACCCAAAUUAUCACAAAUGCAUGGUUCUGGCCUAACCAAUUUAGCUUAGCUUUUUAGCAUCUGGUAUUUAAAAAACUAAAUUAUAUUCUUAUUUACCUUUCGAUGCAUGUUUUUUAUACAAUUUUUUAUUCUAUUGAAUCCGGACCAUUACCGUUAAGCCAAAGUGUAAGCGAAGAAAAGCGCCGAACAAUAAUAAAAUCACUGAAAACACUUAGCGGACACGAUAGGUGAUUAUGAAUCAGUGAAUCGUCGUGCCCAAGCGCAGGCGAUACCUCGUGAUGAUCCGACUUUUGGCAUACGAUGUACGAUGAAUAAUAGAAUGGAUAAUCAAAAACACCAAAUUAGCCCGAAAAGGGUUUCAUUGAUCCGAAUCGGCCCACCAUAAUUGAAUUUUUAUUGAUCGAUACACUACACUUACAAAUCGAUACCGACAUCGAUCCACCGAUGUGGAGCAAUAACCCUCGCGUAAAUAUUUAGACACGAUCGAAGCGAACAAUAGAUCGCGCCAAGGGCUGGCAUUUGAUGUAACAAAUUUGAAAUAAAUUGUGCAGGUAUAA